AUCUCGGAUCGGGUGUAUGUAAAUGCUCAACGACGAGUGAGGAGAGGGUACCUCGCUCUUUCGAUAGUGGAAAGCGACGGGUGGUGCUCGGGGACGACGAGGGCGAGAGAGAGAGAAAGGGAGAGAUUUGAGCCCCGAUAUGUCGGCCGCCUAUGACCGGCUCACGAUCUUGCGAAAGGACCUCGCGACGCCGACUGUCGACCGUAUCGAAACCAACUUAGUGCCUCCCAACACCGAAGGCUUGAAGAUCAUCGUCUCGGGCGUGGUAUUAGUCUUCCUCGCGGCGCUAUGGACCUACUUGCGAUUCUGGAGCCUCCGGCAGAACGGCCGAGCGUGUCUUCUCGAGGAUUGGUUUAAUGUCGGAGCGGUGGCUUUGUUUUUUAGCCUCGUGGCUACGGAUUUCGUUAUGGUACUCGUAGGUGGUAUGGGCCACCACGUUAGCGAACUGCAGGAAUGGCAUAUAGUCCGACUCUUAAAGGCUAUGUACGCUCGCCAAUUCCUAUACGCGGCGUCUUUAGGUCUCAUCAAGAUCAGUGUUAUCCUCAUGUUUAUGCGGACUUUCUUCGGUACCCAUUUCAUGCUGGCUGCUAAGGCUACGAUGGCUUUAACUAUCGCCUGGAUGUUAUUGAUCGUGCUCGUCAACCUGUUGAUGUGUCACCCGAUCAACACAUACUGGGACCUUCAAACGCCUGGUGGGUUUUGCGGGGAUCAAAGGGCAGCCUUCGCUUCUGUGGGAAUAGUGGACAUCACAAACCAGUUGAUGAUACUGAUGCUGCCCCUGCCUAUGAUCUGGAAGCUUGGGGUGGAAAUCCGGUAUCGAGUUGUCACCGUCUGUAUAUUCACGAUUGGCAUUCUCACACUAGUAUUCGGCGCCAUUAAUUUAUGCAUGAUCCUACAGAUCGACUACAACGACGUAUCGUACACAGCAGUCCAGACAAUGCUUUACGGAGCCAGCGAAAUCGGCGUUGCCAUCAUCGUAUCCAACUCCCCGCUCCUCCGUCCCGUUUUCGACCGGGUGCUCCCGGCCUGUCGAUCCGAGGCUUCGAGCUGGCGAGAGAAGGGCAACGACAUGGUUAUGGCGAGGAAGCGCAAGAGCACCAAAUCCAGCGGGUUCACUCAGAUGGUGGGCGAAUCGCAGGAGGAUCUCGAGUUGGGCAAUAUGGGAGCUCACAGAGCCCGGCGAAACACGCAUAUCACGGUUGGCAAACGGCCGCCGUCCCGCGACGACGAUGACGACUGUUCCGUACACAGGAUAGUGGUGACGAGUGAGACUAUCGUCAGAAGAGAUAAGGGGGAACUCUGAUUCUAAAAAGAUUUCUUUUCAUUGGGUCCUAGCGCGGUCUAGAAAAAAGAAUAGGGAGUAAAACCGGGCGGCGAGGCUGGUAGACUUUAUCCAUACGUUUACAACGAGGUCUUUAGAGCUGACGUUCGGACCAUUUUCUCGCAGACGGCUGUUUAAAUUCUAGGCGGCGCCCGAUUUGCGUGAGAUUUUAAAUUCCCUACAAUUGUUUCCGGUCAUUGCAUGACAUAAGCAUACCUAGUCUCCAGCAGUUUCUACAUGUUCUAAACUAGGUACUAUAAACUAAAUCAACAUACGGACGGGUUGAACAGUGCCUGCUAAAUACCACCAGC